UACCACCUGCGUCGCUUAUCAAACGCGGCUGGGCAGAUAGAAACACACGCUCUGAAAACAACACCUAAUCACGGUUUGUCAUCAACGUGCAUUGCGCUGGCGUCUACCGAGUAUUGGCUGUUUACCUAUCGUUAAGCUCACUAACCUAGACCAUGUUAUACGGAUCCAGCGCGAGAAAGCCCUUCGCAUGAUAAAAAUUCCUACUAUGCAUAGAUUGGGAGAGAUUGCCACCGUCGUUCAUCAGUUGAUUCGGUCAGUUUAGUUUCUUGCGAGCGGUUGACGGUUCCGGUUCUAAACAUCUUGAUGGCAGUUCAGUACAAGAAAGUAGCCCCCGAAGGGGGAUGGGGCAUGCUGGUCGGCAUAGGGAUGGCCACAAUGUUCACGGUGUCCUUGGGCUCGUUGCCUUCGUUUGGGCUGAUGUAUGGAGAUUUUCUGACGGACCUCGGCGAGGAGACUAGUGCGAUUGCGUUGAUUACGAGUUGCUUCUUCAGUGCGUUGAGUUUUGCUGGAUUGUUCACAAAUACCUUGAUGAAAAAGACAUCCUGUCGAACUGUUGGAUUGAUCGGUGCUGCUUUAUAUGUGAUCGGAAGCUUUAUGACUAUUUUUGUGCGGUCUACCAAUGAGCUGCUGGUAUCGUUCAGUAUAUUUCAAGGAGCCGGUUUUGGACUGAUGAUUCCCGUAUCGUACACGACAUUCAAUGCGUACUUCGUCCAGAAGCGGGUAGUUAUGAUGAGCGUGUCGCAGACAUUGAUUGGUCUCGGUACCAUGAUUUAUCCAAUAUUCAUUCAAAAGACAAUGGAGGCAUAUGGUUUUCGAGGAUGUAUGGCAGUAUUGGCCGCUGUCAACAGCAAUACCCUAGUUGCAAUGUUGGUGAUGCAUCCGGUUGAAUGGCAUAUGAAAAAAUUGCAGCUCACCGAAGAAGAGCUACAAAUGACUACACCAUCGAACGAAGAACCAGCAGGAAACGUCGUUUCGAAAAUCAUUAAAGGAUUAGAUCGAUCCCGACGAGCAUCUUCCAUCCCAGGCCUGGGCAACUGGUCCGGUCCGGUAGUAGUGAGUGAUACCACCGAGAGAGACAAGAAACCCGCCACGAAGUGGCAAGUGUUGGUCGAUUUUUUGGACCUAACGCUCCUGAAGGAUCCCAUUUACGUUAACAUCGUUCUGGGCAUAUCGUUCGCUCUCUACUCGGAUCUGGCGUUCUUCACCCUGCAGCCGAUGUAUUUGUUCAUGAUAGGAUUUGGCAAACCGGAUGUUUCCCUAAUCAUUGCCAUCGGAGCCGGAGCGGAUCUGCUAUCGCGUGUAUUCCUGGCCAUUUCCAGCACAUGUUUGAACAUUAAGGCUCGCUACGUCUAUCUGGCCGGGGCGCUGUUCACCAUCCUGGCACGUUUCGCGUUUUUAUUCGUUUACGAUUUUUAUGGGAUGGCUACCAUAACGGCCAUAAUGGGAUUCCUUCGAACUUGGAUACACGUCCCACUGCCGUUGGUGUUUUCCGAGUAUUUGCCCACGGAAAGAUUUCCUUCCGGCUACGGGUUAUUUAUGUUUCUGCAGGGAAAUAUCACUUUUGCCGUGGGGCCGAUUGUGGGCUACAUCCGUGACGUGACCGGAAGCUACUCGAUCUCGUUCCACUGUCUCACGCUGUUCAUGGCACUGUGUGUGUUUCCGUGGCUGUUCGAGAUCGUCUACCUGAGACUGAAGGUGAAAGCGCUGAAGGAAGCUGAUUUGCAACAGCAUAAAGUCGCCAUACCGAUUAAACUGGAAACGAUAGAGGCAGGCGAUAAAAGUUAAGCUUGUCUCAAAUAAAAGAAAGGCUAAGCUGACUGCUGGUAU